GCCCGUCCCUCCGUCCCUCGUGCACCCUCUCCUCUCUGUCCCGUCCCGCCUCCGCUCGCUCCAGGGCUAGGCGGGGCUGGGGGGCUGCCCCCGACAGACCGACCCGCGGACCGCGGACCCGCGCCCAGGAAAGGAGCAGCCGCCGCCGCUGUAGCCCGUCACCAUGGACCCCCUGUCCCUGGACACGGCCAUCCAGCACGCCCUGGCGGGCCUCUAUCCUCCUUUUGAGGCCACGGCACCCACUGUCCUGGGUCAGGUGUUCCGUCUCCUGGACUCUGACUUCCAGGGGGACGGGCUGAGCUUCCUCCUGGAUUUCCUGACCCCUGCCAAGCGCCUGUGUGAGCAAGUGCGUGAAGCAGCCUGUGCCCCCUACUCUCACUGCCUCUUCCUGCACGAGGGCUGGCCGCUCUGUCUGCGGGGUGAGGUUGUGGUCCACCUGGCCCCCCUCAACCCCCUGUUAUUGCGCCAAGGUGACUUCUACCUCCAAGUCGAGCCCCAGGAGGAGCAGUCUGUCUGCAUCAUGAUCAAGUGCCUCUCCUUGGACCUCUGCACGGUGGAUAAGAAGCCUGUUCCCGAAUCCUCCUACUCUAUACUUUUCACCCAAGAGUGGCUGGAGGCCAUCAACGACGACUUUGAGGGAAGUCCCCUGUGCAACUGCCUGGUAGCUUCGGAAAAUGGGAUUGCCUCUCUCCCUUGGACCAAGAUAACCAGCCCAGAGUUUGUGGAUGACAGGCCCCGAGCAGGGAAUGUCCCUUCCCCAGCCUGGGGGGCCCUUCAAUUAGAGGCAUUGGAUUCGAGCAGCCCUCAAGAGCUGCACCAGGCCAGGUGCCCGGACAACCAGGCAUUUCUUGCCCAGAGUGUGGCCGAGGGUAAGGGCAGGACCUAUGGGAACAAGUAUCCAGGCCUCAUCAAGGUAGAGCAAGCCAGGCCUGGGGAGGUGACCUUCGGGACGGACAAUGUGGUCAGCCAGGACUUGGAGGGAGACUAUGUGGCUCUUCUGGACUUUUCCCAAGAGAGAAGGGGUGAGAGCCCCAGGAGGGAGGUGGAGACUUCCAGCGGGUACACUUCUGGGGCACUAGAGGAGAUAUCUGGAACUAGGGAAGUUCCUUUCUCUCCAAAGACGCUGCCUCUGCCAGAGGCCAGUGAAGGACCAUCCUUGGAAACGUGGGCUUGCGUGAAGCCAGCAAGCUCCGAGGAGGAGCCCCGCACUUGGGGCUUGAGGAGGAACAUCAGCCAUGAGGCAGCACCCGAAGGCCCCUAUGCCAACGUCCUUGAGGAGCCGCCGGACUGUGCCUCUGGCCUUGGGGCAGAUGUCUCAGAAGGGCCAGCUGCCACCGAGACACGGGGGCCUCUGGGAAAGUCAGAGAAUGUGGUCCAGCUCGGGCCUGCGCCAAGACAAGCUUCCUCUCCCAGCCUGUCCCCAGCUUCGCCUGCGGCUCCUGUCCCCGAGACAAAGAUGGGGGAGAAGACCAAGCAGGGAAACGGGAGACUUCCCAAGCCCACGACCUGCCCUAGUGGAAACACCUCCUCCUCCAGCUCCCCCACUCCUGGGCUCAAAUUCUCAUUCUUAAAAGGGCAGAGGAAGUCCCCUGUGUCCCCAGAGAAAGCCUCCCUGCAGCACGGCGGGCCUUGGAAAGCCCUGUGCUCGCUCUACUCUCCUCCACCCGCCCGAGCCAGGUGCCCAGGGAAAGCUGGAACAACUCAGACCCAAACAUCCUCUGGCCCAGCCGCUGACUCAGCCCCACUGACUGGGGAAAAGACUGGCUUUCCAGAAACUUCUGCAGGCCCCCCAGAAAGGGGCCCCACCCCGGACGAGGAGCCCCCAGGGCCCGAGCCCAGGCUCGGGGCUCCGAGUGUCAAGGUCUUCCACUCCAGGAUAGCAUGCCUGCCAGGCGGGCGGGACAGGGCCGGGCGGCCCCUGCUUCUGCUGUCCACUGCAGAAGCAGCCUGGGAGGCGCCGUGGUGCACAGCCCCGGAGGUCACCAAGCUGCUGUCCUACCUGUGCACCAUUCCCAGGCCUGAAGGUAACGCCAAGGGGCUGGCGGUGGUGAUCGAUGCCAGGAAGCAGCCCCCACAGCCCGGUCUGGUCAGUGCCCUGCAGGCCACCCAGGCGCGGGUCCCGGCCUCCGUGGGAGCUGUCCUCCUCCUGGGGCAGAAGGAGGCGGCGCCGCAGCUGCAGGCUCUGCCCGGCAUCCAGGUGGAGGUGCUGACCUCAUUGAAGGCCCUCGGCCACUACGUGGAGCCCGACCAGCUCCCCGCGGCCCUGGAAGGCCCCUUCCCCUACUGCCACAGCGAGUGGGUGCAAUUCUUCCAGAAGUUGGACCCUUUCCUCGCUGACCUCCGUCAAGCCUCCUCCCUGCUACGGGCGUCCAUCGAGGAGUUGGAGAAGGCUGGCCCCCCUGAGGGGGUGCAGGAGGCCACCAGGUGCCUAAGCAAGUCCAAGGAACUGAUGGAGGCUGUGCUGCGGGACCCCGGCCUACUAAGCCUCCAGCGGGAAGGUGGAGCCACCCUGGCCAGGCUGCGGCGCGAGGCCAGCAGGCUGGACUUCAACCCUGAUGUCAGGAGCCAUCUGGCUGAAGCCACCGCGCUGUACAGCCUUGUGGAUGAGCAGCUUCAUGUCCUGGUCACUGCAUCCAACGACCUCCUGGGGAGGCUGGAGCUCCGCGUCCGUCUGGGCCACCUGGAGGCCGCCAUCCACCAGGUCGGCGAUUGGAUGGAGCAGGAAGGAAGCCGGUGCCUGCAGGCGCUGACGCCCAAGGACGGGAGUCUGGACGCGGUGGAGAAAGCCCACGUGGAGUUCGAGGACUUCUUCCUCCGGGCUGCGGCCCAGUACCGCCGAGGCCUGGAGCUGUCCAAGCAGGCGGCCCAGCUGGGGGCUGCGGCCGCAGGGGCCGGGCAGGGAGGAGGAGCCGCGCGCCCGGAGCUGGCCGCCUUCGCCUCCACCCAGCGGGCCUUCCAAGCCAGGCUGACCCACUUCUACAUGGCGGCCGAGCGGCAGCGCACCGACCUGGAGACGCUGCUCCACCUGCACCGCUUCUGCAAGAAGAUGACCUGGUUCCACCUGGACUGUCAGGACCUGAUGACCCAGCUCAGGCUGGGCAAGGGCCGAAGGGCCAGGCCUGGGGACCAGCGUCGCCUCUGCCGCUACCUGCAGCGACUGGCGUCCGAGUUCCCCGCUGAGAAGCUUGCGGCCAUGGGGCUGCAGGUGGCCUCCCUGAGCCGGCCGGGCCUGGGCCGGGACCUGUGGGAGGAGGCCCGGGUCCGACACGAGGACAUCCAGACCCUCCUGCAGAAGGCUCUGAGCCACUGCCCGUGCCCGGCGGCCCCUGCUGCCCGCUCGGCACACCUGGAGCCCAGAGGGGCAGCUGCCAGGGGCCAGGGUCUGGACGGAGAAGUCCCUUCCAAGGGGACGUGGGACCUGCCCCUGCAGCACUCUCUGGGGGCAAACCGUUUGCCAAAGUCCUGUUGGCCUCCUGGGGCCACCAGAGUGGGGCAGAACGGAUGUUUCCGGGAAGCCAGCCAGGCUAUAGAGGCCGCUGAAGGCCCAGGCCACCACGCGCUCCCCGACCCUGGCCCUGAGCGUUCUCUCGUCACCCUCUUCUCCUGGCAGCGGCCUCCCAGGCAGAGCCUGGCCCCUCGCCCCACUGGGGGCAGCUUCUCCUCGGAGGGGACAGACUCACAGACAUCUCUGGAGGACUCGCCUUAGACCGGUCCCCAUGUACCCCUCUAGCAGGGAGCCCCCUUCAACCGUGCCAGCCCCCCGGGAGCUGGGAGCUGGGGCCAGUCCCACUGAGAUGCCACUGUGAGCACGGGAUUUACAUUUGGCCUGUGCCGGGAGGGUGAGGACCAGAGACCUGCUCCAGGUUCCAGAACUCCUGGAGGACCCGACGCUCACACUCGCAGUGCGAGGGGGGAGCCAGAGCCGCAGUAAGCAGGCCGUUGCCCGGUGCCCUGGGGCCUGGCCGCGGGAAGCCCUGGUGGUACAGGCCCUGCUGAGGUCUCCCUCCCGGGCAGGCCGGACACCCCUGGGGCUCAGGAAAGCACAUGGCUUCCCUCUGGGCCCGAGGUGCCCUCGCAGAGCCCAAGGGCGGGCGGGGAGAUUCAGGAGUGGCCCCUGUCUUAGGGCUCCACGGAAGCAGACGCGGGGACAGGGUUCGGGUGUCAGUGUGUUUGGUGGAGAUCCUGGUAUCCACUGCGGUGGGGUAGGGAGGUGACUUUGGGGACGCAGUAAGUAUGUUGUCAAGCAAAUUACCGCGGAGGCAACUGGAGCUCUGCCCUGCUGGGGACCGGGAGACAGCACAGAACACGAGGACACACUCCAGAGGUGCCGCACCCAAGGGCCGAGGGAGCCGGGGUGCGUGUCCCCCAGGCCGGAGUUGGCACUUGUGGGCCGCAGGCAAGGUCGGCUCCGGGGCGGCGGCCGGGUCGUGUGCGCAAACGGGUGAGCGGGUGCAGGUGGCCGCUGCACUCUGCCAAACCCGACCCCUGCCGCGGGCACGGCCGUCAUUCUCAGAUUCGAGGAACCCCGUGGAAUCUUGUCCUUGUUCUCCAGAGAGAAGCUCCUGCCCCCCUGAGGUUCCCGGGUCCCUCACCGCCCCCAGCCCCGGCUCUCUGUUGGCACGGCCUCUGGUGCCCAGCACCACUGGGGUUCUGUGGGUGGCCGGGGCCGAGCCAGGGGAGGGGCACUGGCCUCAUUCAGCAGGUGGCGGGGACAGUGGGGCGGAGCCUCCCUGCGUGUCCAGAGGCAGCCCCGCCUUCCACACGGCCGAGAGCAGCCCCUGCCAGCGCCUCCCCUGAGCGUCACCGUGCUGAGCUUGCCACCCUCUGCCUCCAGAAGCCCGGCAAAGACGGCCUCCUGGUGGCCCAGCCCAGAGCCUCCCGGCUCAGCGAGGAGGCUGGGGGCACAUGUCCUCCACCGUGAGGCUGUGGAAGGGGAGAGAGGCUGGCCUGGAGCAGCACACACACUUACACACUCAGUGCUCAAGAUGGCUUCUGGAAUCUUCCAACACUCAAGAUUUCCCCAAGUGUGCUCGAGGGCCUGCCUGAUAACUGUGAGCAGAGCCAAUCAAAGGGCAACUUCCCAGGGGACCCCACCCCCGGGGGCUGGCCAGAACUUGCAUUCGUGGCCAACCGCUCUGGUGUUCCCCUGUGAGACUUGGCGAGGUGGGGGUGCUGCUGGGAAACACGGGGGGCUGGGCCUGGCCGCCCCCGUCCCCAUCCCGGGCCAGGCGAGCCUCGCUCCACUCCCCUGCCUUCCAUCAGACGGGCCCAAGGAGGCAUGGGGUGUUUGAUCAGCCCAUCUCCAUCCAUGCCUGUCGCCUCAGAGGGGGGCCGAAGCUCUUAAAAUACCGUUGCCAUAGCAACAGCAUCCAGCCAGUGGGGACCACAGGCAGGGAGCCAGGGAACCUGGGGUGCAAGGAUGGAAAGCGACUUGUGAGAGACCACAUCUGCUGCUAGGGAGAAGGGCGGCUGUGGUGGCACUGAGUGACCCAAGAAUCCUCAGGCAGAGGGUCACUUGCAUCCCUUUGUCUCCAAAAAGAACCGCACCCCAACAUCCUGUCUACUCACAGCAUCCCCUGGGGGAGAAGGGGAUAUAAAAAUGAAAUACAAUAAUAACAAUAUUCAAAAAUAGUGGAUAAUAAUAGCUCACGUUUCUUUUGCAUCGUCUUUGUGCCUAGCUUCGUUCGCGCUAAGUCCUUUAGAAGCUUGUUGGAUUGUUCGCAACUCUCUGAAGCUGGUAUUGAUCCCAUCCCAUUUUACUGAGGAGGAAACCGAGACCCAGAGAGGUUGCCCAGUGUCACAGUGAGGGGCAGAGCUGGACUUGACUUGGGCCUAAUUUAUCGGCUUUUGCUCUGACCUCCCCACGGUGGGGGCAGGGCAUGGCCUCCCCUCCCAGGGAUCCCCAACAGGUGGCGAGGUAGCUUUGAGUCAGCAAAGCCUCAGCCCCCAAGAGGCCGAGCUGGGGAGGCAGAGGCCACGGCGCCCCGCCAUGGGAUUUUAAAACAAAACUUGCAGCCUGCUCUGGUGGAAAAAGAUGGGCUUACAAGGAGCCCCAAGCCUGCCAGUGACGUGACUGUGAAUGUCCCACUGGAUGGGAGUCCUUUUUUCAAGCUCAAGGGGUUGGUAGUCAAGGGGCAGCAGGAGCAGAGCCUGGAGUCGGGGACCUCAGGUGCCAUUUCUGCCCUGUUGCUAACACCCUGAUGACCCCUAGCAGGUCGUUUCCCCUCUCUAGUGCUCAGUUUGCCCCAUCUGUCCAAUGGGGGCAUGGGGUGGAUAAGGAACUUUCCACUUUGAGAAUCAGAGAGCCCUGCAUUUGAAUCCAGGCUUCCCAGCCUAGCACCUCUGGGUAGAUGGGUGCCCCUCAGUUUUCCCAUCUGUGCAGCGGAUUUGUCAAGCCCGCCGGGUCAGGAGAAUGUCUCUGCAUGCCUCAGUUCCACACCGGGCCUUUCUUCCCCCAGAGGAGCAGGCAUCUUGUGACGGAGCAAAGCUUCGAAUGUCUGCCGGGCUGGAGGAAGGACCGAGCCCACACCGAGGUCCAGGCACCUCGCAGGUUACAAAGCACUUAUUUGUCCAUCCGUUUCCUCGCCUGGUACUGACUACAACCCCGAGGGGCACAGAUGUCAUAUUCUGGGAUGUCCCUGUUUCACAGAUGAGAAGACCGAAGCCUGGAGAGGGGAGGUGACUUUCCCAAAGUCACACAACCAGGAAGGGGGUCACGAAGGGGACACCUCAGGCUCUGGACCCGGUUCUGGAUCAAUGCCAAAGUCAGGAGAGUGGACAAAUGUGUAGGCCACCGUGAGAUGGGUCCCCCACACCUUGUGCUUUCUAGUUACCCAGCCCCCAGUGGAGCAGCUGGCUGGGGGCAGGGCACAGUCUGACCUCACGAAGCAUGUUCUAUUCUCCAGGGUUGU